ACACACACACACACACACACACACACACACACACACACACAAACACAUCUAGGUAAAUACAUUCCUUUGAAGAGAAUACAUGUAUACUUUUAAUCAUUAUCACCAAGAGGUCAUGAAUAGAACUAUAAUUAUAACGUCUUUGCAUUAUCGUUUAUUCAAAGGUUCUCUACUAGGUCUAGUAGAGAAUCGUCUCUGGUUUAAUUUAUAAGGCCAUUUAACUUGUUUUUGUGCUGUGUUUGCUCGUUGUUGUGACGUUGCAGUUUUUUUUUCUUUCUCAUGAUUGUCAUAGUCUUGGCUUGUACAUGAUAUAUGUUGCCAAUGCCUUAAAAAAUAAAACCAUAUUUGUUACUGGAAGCUGCUGCUAUUUUUUGCAAUAUUUGACAAGAUUGCCCAAGACUGUAUUGGGGAUUAUAUUCCAUAUUGGGAGCCAAAUAAAAACCAAAGUAAAAUAAUGGCCAAAUUAUACUGAUACCGUUUUAUCUGGACAUAUAGCUACAACUCCUAAAUUCAAACAAACCAAGGCUUGAAACAAACCCAGCUGCUUCGUUCAUUGAUUCUUAAAAAAGAGAAAACGAAAACAGCCAACGAAACAAUAAAAUGCAUUUACGUUUUCGAUGAAACUACUAUUUCCUGAGAAAACAAACGGAGGAAAUCAUAAAAAAAAAUAAGAAGCAAAACAACUCCAGAGUAUCAACAUUCGGCAUUAAAAUAUUCAUAAAGUGCUUUCAUAAGAGACAAUACACCAAGAUUUGUUCAGGCAAACUGUGUCGACUUUGAAGAACAAGGCGAAAAUUAGCUUUGGGCCUAAAAAUAAAUUCAACAGUGUAAACUGUUGACUACUUUUUAUGUUGGCACAACGUUGUCCCCUACUUCACAUUGAUUCUAAACACUUUGUUUACUGUGCUUCCUUUUCUCCCACAAAGUACGAAACAUUUCCGAGGUUUGCAAGGGUUUGGUUGACUUAUUGAUGGCCACAGAGAGCUCUACCAAUGUACAACUUUGUGAAGAGAAAAUCCACAUCAUGGACAAAAUCAAGAAAAAUGUUUCUGGGUAUCACAAGGGAAGCCAACCCGUCAAAACACGAGGUGAACCAGUCGAACGAGCGAAGCACAUCAAGUACUUCAAGAGAGUACUGAGUGUUUUGCCAUCUCAUCAUCUCGAUUCUCACAGGGUGUCAGUAGCAUUCUUUGCUAUAUCAGGUUUGGAUGUCUUAGAAGCCAUGAAGGAACUGUCUGACAGUAGAGAAAACAUAGUGAAGUGGAUUUACAGUUUGCAAAUACAACCAAAUGAUACUAACCUGGAGCAGUGCGGGUUCCGUGGGUGUUCUACCCUUGGCCACGCUUUUGAUACAGAAAUUGCUGCCACCCAAGACAUUCCCUAUGAUAGCAGCAACAUCGCCAUGACAUACACCGCUCUAGUCUCUCUGUUAAUCUUGGGCGAUGACUUGUCAGGAGUACAUAAAGAGCCAGUCCUUGCAGGGAUUAAAAGUUUGCAACAGGAAGAUGGAAGUUUCAUAUCGGUAUUAGAGGGCAGUGAGAAUGACAUGCGUUUUGUCUACUGUGCUUGCUGCGUCUGCUUCAUCUUAGACGACUGGAGUGGCAUGGACAAAGACAAAACUACUUCAUACAUUGUGCAAAGUCUUUCAUAUGAGGGAGCAUUUGGUCAGAGACCUUUCAAUGAAGCUCAUGGCGGCUCAACAUUCUGUGCCGUAGCUUCCCUCUACCUCAUGGGUCGGCUGACCACGGCGCUCACUGAGCGGCAGCAGACGCAACUGAAGAGAUGGCUGCUCCGGAGACAAGAGACUGGCUUCACUGGGCGGCCGAACAAGCCGGCAGAUACAUGCUACUCCUUCUGGGUGGGAGCUGCGUUACAGAUGCUUGGCAUGUUAGAUCUCAGCAAUGUUACCUUCAACAGAUCUUUUGUACUGAGUGCUCAAUCCUCUCUCACGGGAGGACUUUCCAAGUACCCUGAUCACGUGCCAGACCCGCUGCACACGUACCUGGGGCUGUGCGGCCUGUCUUUGAUUGGAGAGCCGGGCUUGAGUCCUGUCCAUCCAGCCUUGAACAUGACCCAGAGGGCUUUUGACCACCUGUGUAACCUUCACCGUCUGUGGCAGGAGAAGAAGGAGAGCAAGUCUAUAUGAUGCCUGCUCCUGUUUAACUAUUAGUGUAUGUUAUGUCCGUAGGCCACAGCCUGCUCCUAUCAGAAUUGUACUAUUUUUGAGAGGAGGAUAAGACAGAGAGGGUUCUUUCUUUACUCCUGAGCCCCACAGAUCCUGGUAAAAGUAAAGUAUAAUCUCCAAUUGUCAUGUCGACCUCAGUUCGCUGUUUCCUGUUUCUGUGAGGCAUAAAUAAACCCCAGUUAUACCUGUAAGGUAGUAGGACUAACCCUUACCCAAACGUAUGGACCAUCUCUCCCCUCUGAAACAUAUUAAGGAAGUCAAGAUCUGAAGACAGGGAAGUAGUACUUGGGUAAUCCUCCGUGUCCACCGCAUAGGCAAAGCUAUAUCAUACGUACUGCUUUAAGAUCGUCCGUCAAGACGUGAAAGGUCACAGAGGACAUAGCUGCAACCCCACUGUGACACCCCCCUCGCAGUGACUAGGGAUUUCGAAAAGGAGGGACUAUACUUUACUUUGACCUCGAUCAUUUGUUUGUCAUUGCGGUGAAAUCAGGCGCACAUCAAAACAUUGAAAGCGAAGAAACUGUUGGGCUAUUUUUAUCUAUAUUUUUUAAAACUCAAAGCCUUUUCUCCAUGGAUUUUGCUAAAAAACGUUUAUCAAAGGCACAAAUAAUGUAAAUUUGCUGUUUCUAAGGACGAUCAAGCUUUGGAAUUCACCAAACUUUGGUAAUUUCACCUUUGACACCAGGAGACUCAACGUCUAUUCAAGAUAGAUGUGUAUUUUUUUUCCAUCAAAAGUAAGGAAAAUGAAUAGGCUUGAAGAUUGUUCAAAUAACACCAUAUGCCUCAAAAUUGACGAGUGCCUGAUUCCACUGCACAUAUACUUCCUGUACACAGAACACAGGCCAGAGCAUGUGAUCGUGUAUAUGUGACUGUCAUCUGUAUAUCGCGACCUCAGUGCUUUCUUGUCGUAUCUCCAUUUUUUAAAACUUUGAAAACAGUUCAUAACAAAGAG